GGAGCCAGAGAAGAUCGUACACACUUCUCUCUGUGUUCCACUCCGUUGAUCUUUCUGCUCUUCUUGAUUUGGACUCUGCUUGGAAGGAGCAGCCAUGUCUCGUCAGUCGAUCUGCAGAAGCUUUGGAGGCGGGAGUAGAAGGGGCUACAGCUCUUGCUCUGCCAUCGGUGGUGACUUUGGAGGAGGUGGCUGCAGAAGCAGGAUCAGCUACAGCUCCUACUCCUCAUCCAGGGGAGGUGGAGGAGGUGGUGGACACUGUGGAGAUUUUAGCAGCAGGAGCCUCCAUAACAUGGGUGGUGGUAGAAGAAUAACUGUUGGUGGAUGUCUCGGAAGUGGAGGAUACAGAGGAGGAAUGGGUGGUUUUGGUGGAGGUUGCGGAGGAGGAAUGGGUGGUUUUGGUGGAGGAAUGGGUGGUGGAGGAAUGGGUGGUGGAGGAAUGGGUGGCUUUGGUGGUCCUGGCUUCCCCGGAGGAAUCCAACCUGUGCAAGUUGACCCAAGCCUUCUGCGGCCGGUCCAUGUUGAGAUUGACCCUCAAAUCCAGCAAGUCAAAAACCAGGAGAAGGAGCAGAUUAAGACUCUCAACAAUCAGUUUGCCUCCUUCAUUGACAAGGUCCGCUUCUUGGAGCAACAGAACAAGGUCCUCUCCACCAAGUGGGAGCUCCUCCAACAGCAAGGGCCUUCGGGGCCAAGGAAGAAUCUCGAUGCCAUCUUUGAAAACUACAUCCAGAACCUGAGGAAGAGGCUUGAUUCUCUCCUGGGACAAAGGGGACAACUGGAGUCUGAGAUGCAGAACAUGCGGCAGUACCUGGAGGAGUACAAGAAGAAGUACGAAGAAGAAAUCAACAGGCGCACCGCUGCUGAGAACGAGUUUGUGGUGCUCAAGAAGGAUGUGGACUGUGCCUACAUGAAUAAAGUAGAUCUGGAAGCCAAGGUGGGAACUCUGACAGAUGAAAUCAACUUCCUGAAAUGUGUCUAUGAGGAGGAACUGGCUCAGAUGCAGACAAUCAGCCGGGACCUGUCUGUGGUGGUUUCCAUGGACAACAACCGUCACCUGGAUUUCAACAGCAUCAUUGAGGCCAUGAAGUGCGAGUACGACCGGAUUGCUAAGGAGAGCCGGGCUGAGGCUGAAGCUUGGUACCAGAGCCGGUAUGAAGAGCUGCAGAGCACUGCCGGAAGACAUGGGGACAGCCUCCGCAACACCAAGAUUGAGAUCCAAGAGUUGACCCGGAACGUCCAGAGGCUGCGGGCUGAGAUUGAGAAUGUGAAGAAGCAGAACCGACAGCUGCAGUCCGCUAUCACCGAGGCUGAGCAGCGGGGCGAGAUGGCCCUCAAGGAUGCCAGGAGGAAACUGGAAGAGCUGGAAUGUGCCCUGAACAAAGACAAGGAGGAGCUGGCUCGCUUGCUGAAGGAAUACCAGGAGCUGCUGAACACCAAGAUUGCCCUGGAUGUUGAGAUCGCCAUGUACAGGAAACUGCUGGAGGGGGAGGAGAACAGGCUGUGCAACGACGGCAUGUCCAACGUCAAUGUCUCUGUGGUAGGCAGGACCACCAUCACUGGAGGCAGAGGAGGCAUGGGAGGAGGCUUCGGAGGUGGAAGCAUGGGUGGAGGAACGGGAGGAGGCAUAUGUGGAGGUGGAAGCAUGGGCGGCAGCUGUGGAAUGGGAGGAGGAUCGUACGGCGGCGGCUUCUCUUCUGGAAGUGGAAGGAUGUGUGGAUCUGGAGGUGGAGGAUCAUCUUCUGUUCGGAGAUGUGUGACAACCUCCAUCAAAUCUUCAGGAGUGAGAUUCUGAGCCCCCAAGCCAACUUGACGAAGGAAAGAAGCAUCUCCUCUCUUCUCCCGGCAGCAGCACAACCUCCUUAAAUCCAGCUCCGAUGUCCUGCGAUGCAAUGGACUGUGUCCCUCAUGGCCCACCAUGUACCAACUCAUCUGCCUUGGUCCCAUCAAGGGAGUCUCCUGGCAAUGCCGUGUCCGUGGUGAGCUGCGUGUCAGCCCCAAGCGUGGUCGUGAAACCACUGCCCGUGGAAAGAAAAGUCUCCCUGGAGGAUCCCCAGCACGGAGAGCUGAUUUACAGGAGGGGAAGGCUCUGCCUUUCUUGCUGGCUUGUACAUUUCUGGCUGCCUCAUGGCAAAUGUGUAUAAAGCUCUUCUUUCCACCUCUGUCCUCCUGUCCCUUCCUCGAUGGCUGUAUCCCUGGGGUGCCUUCCAGUUCCACUUGUCCUUGUUCUCCGUGACGCCUGGUAACACGUGGGGCACACGUGGACUUUCUAAGGAGAACAAAGCUUGCUGUUCUGUGCCCGCCCCUGUGAUGUGGAACAAAAUGUGCUGUCCCCACCUCCCUCCCACUUCUCUCUCUGGGAUGUUCUACUU